AUGAAUACACCUGAAGAACCAACUAUGAAUAGUGAUAUUAAUGUAAAUAAACAGCAACCUAUCGAUAAAUUACAAGCAAAACUAGUUCAAGAUCAAUUGCAACGAAGGCAAGGCAAAGAUUAUGGACGAAUUUUACGUGAAUGUAAUAAACCACCUCAAUGGUAUCAACCAUCUCCAACGACGCGUUCAAUUUACUACUAUGCGCCACAUUAUCAAAAAUUUCUUCAACAACACUCUGCUUUUUCGGUGAAUACUCCUCGUAUCACUCCACGAACUCGAACAAGCAGUCGAUCACCAGCACGUUCAACAAAAUAUGAUUUAAACUUACAUAAUCCUUCUAAUAGUCAUCGACAAAAACCCUUAGCUUCAUCUCGAUUACAACCUGUGAUAACAUUACCGUCCAUAACUACAUACAGAAAAAAACAAAUAAUUUCAUAG